UCUGCGGGUCAGCUGAUCUCGUGCACUCUUACACAUUCAGUCACUGCAACGGUGCCUUACUCAUCACCUUGGCUCACGCUGCAAAAAAGCCUUCAUUAGCCGUGCAGCACAGUGAGCCGGGUAAUUACACAUGUCCUCAAAGACUGCUGGAACGAAGGAAUGCGCUACAGUGACACCAUGAGCACGUGGAUCUAAUAAUAAUGGAGGGAUUUAUCACGAUGGCCUAAGGACUUGGGGGUUCCUCCUGCACCUGGCUGAUUAUUACUGAUGUUGCCUAUCCACGAGAGGUCACCAUGUCCAUCAACGCCCUGCCAUUCGAGACACUGGUCAACCUAUUCUCAUACCUGGGAGUGAGUGACCUGCUGGUGGUCUCCUGUGUGUCCCGGCUAUGGAGGGAGGCGGCGUCCAUCCUGCUGGCGGAGCGGGUCACCAUCAUGGUAACAGAUGAUGCCACGCCAGCAGUGGAAACCUUCCAGGACUCCACUGUCCCAUAUCGCAACUGGGUGUUCAAGGAGGUUGACCUGACACUGAGAGGUCCCUUUGGUGAGCUAUGGGAGAGGGCCUCAGGGGCUGUGCAGAGUCUGAGGCUCGGGGGUGUGGGGGUCAGCCCAAGGGACUUUGUGUGCUUGUUGCAACAGUGUAGUUCCCUAGAAGACCUUUGGCUAGAUGACAUGGCUCACCUCCUUAUGCCAGGUACUCUGCUCAGCAACCCAGAAGACAUCAAGGUGUUAUCUGCCUCUCUACGCAAAGUGACUCGCCUUCACUUGGCUUGCUCCCGCUACCUUACUGACACUCUCUUCAGCCGCAUCAUCUCUGUGGUAGGUCCUCUCAGGAAACUCUCUCUGGCUGGUUGUCAGAUCUCCUUCCAUGAGGCCAUUCACAAGAGAUUUUACCCUGAAGAUGGCAGGGUGACUAUUUCAGAUCAUGUGCUCACCUUUAAGCAAAUACUGAAAUACAUUGAGGAGAAAGCUACUACCUUGAAGGAGAUCAGUCUUGGCCGCACGUUAGUUGACAGCGAGGGCAUCUACCACCUCUCCAAAGUGCCGAAGCUUCAGCUGGAGUCGGUGCACUUGAUGUCCUGUGACCAGAUGACCAAGAGUGGGAUCCAGCUCCUGUGUGAGAACCAGAAGACCAUCACAGAUUUAGAUCUGAGCCUGUGUUCGCGUCUUACAGACUACGCCGUGCUGGCCAUCUGUCAGCACCUGCCACACCUCAAGAAGUUAAACCUGAGAAGAUGUCUAGGCAUCACAGAGAAUGGCAUCAGAAACCUGAGUCAGUUGAAGUGUUUGGAGGAGCUCAAUAUUUCUCACUUGGAGUCUGUCGGCUCAGACAGUGUGGAAGAGGCAAUAGGCAAGGAAGUGCGGCCCAGCCUGUACCUCCUUAACUUGGCAUCAUUGUCCCUUGAGUGGAGAGUGAUUGCCAACCUGGCCACUGUGGCACCCAACCUGACACACCUUGAUAUUUCUAUGUGUGUGUCAGGUGUGAAUGACAGGAGUAUACAGGCUAUAUGUAAGUCAUUGAAAAAGCUUCACAUUCUCAACAUGAAUGGGUGCACUGUUGUGUCAGACAUUGGCUUGGCUGGACAUGGCCUUGGGCAAAAUGACCCCUCAGCGCAGGGAACGGGUCUGUCUCUCGAGAGCCUUGGUCUUAGGGAUCCAGAUCCUCUUAAGAUCACGUUGGGUUCAAGAGCAGAACAGACCAUACGCCAGGAGGCUGAAGUUACCAAAUAUUUAUGUGAAAAUGUGCAGCAGAUCGCUUCUUCUGAGUACGGCUUGUCAAGUCUCAAGGGAUUGUGGAAGCUAAAUCUGUGUGGAUGUAAGAGGGUAACAAACAUCACUUUGGUCCAUGCUCUCAAGCUAAGGGAACUACGAUACCUCGACCUCUCCUACUGCCAAGGGGUAGGGGAAGAGGGGCUGCAGGCUAUGGCCCAAAACUGCCCCAGCCUUGAAGUGUUGAUGCUGGCUGAGUGUGGCCAGACCAGUGAUCAGGUGGUCCUUGUCAUCGUUCACUUCCUCAAACGCAUCAAGACAUUAGACCUUCAGAGCUGCACUAAGCUGACAGAUGAUGCGCUGGACAGCCUGAGUAGCUGCCUCACCUUACAAUACCUGGAUGUGAGUAAUUGCUUCCGGAUGAGCUUGGAGAAGGUGAGGGUGGUCCAGGCCAAGAAUCCAAGGCUUUUCAACCUGCACUACCGGGGCAUCAAGGAGAAGGACCUUGACAACUGUUUGGGUGAGCUGCCUCGCCUUCCAGCCCCACGCAUCCCUCCACCUCCGCCUCUCUUCAAACUGAGAAAAAAGAGAUUUCUGCGUAGAUAGUGAUGAUUGUUGCUAGUGCUUUUGAUUGUCUUUGCCCCUGACUUCUAUGUAACACACUGGACAGUUAGUUCAUUUUCACCCUUAUACUGUGUCUAUCCUUCCAGUAUUGUGAGUGAGUGAGUGACAGUGGGAGCGGAUGGAUGUUCUGUUUGUGCACUCCUGAACUGCUGACUUGACAAUGGCGAGCAGCAGGAGCAGGACUCUGAGAGACAUGUGUUGCGUCUGUGAAGACUAUUCAGGCGAUAAGUGGAUUGCAUGCUGUUUGUGCCCUAAGUGGUGUCAUGUGAAGUGUGCUCAUCUGACAGGGGUCAAGCAGGAUAAUAUACCCAAAAUAAACUGGGUGUGUUCACCAUGCUUACACAAGGCAUCUUUAGCAACCAACAUUGUGGCAAAAUUGGAUGAAUUUAAGCAAGAAUUAUCUAAAAAAAUAUUAGUUAUGAAAAAUGAAGUUGAAACUCGGGCACUCAGUGUGAAAGAGAAAUUGGGCGAGGUGGCGUAUGUGCUUAUCGAGGAUUUUUAUUGAGGCUAACAUCAUAAUUGUUGACGGCCCCUGCGGAGCACUGUGCUGACAGUGGAGUGGGGCCUGAAACCUCAUCAACGGUAAAUGGUAUUAUUGCUUUACCCUUUCAGCAGUGGUAGUUGUGUGAGAGCUCUAAUAUCCCUACGCAUUGUUACAGCUUUUUCUCAGGUCUCUAACUGUGAAUCAGAUAUGUUAAAGGAGAGAGAAAUAUGCUAAAAUUCUUGUGGCCAUUUGUUUAUAUGAUCAAAAUGGUCAAUACUGUCCAGUUUUUGUUGGGAUUGUUGUCCGAAUUAGUAGUAUUUUUUUCCCUACAAACAAUAUACAUAUAUAUUUUAGCCAAGGACAAUUCAUGGUGCUGUAUAUUUGAAAUCCAGACCUCGGACCUUAGAUUGGCUGUGAGAUUGAUGAGUUUGAUACGAGUUGUAAGAUAUUAUUAAAAGCUAUGAGAGAAGCUUCAAACCAAGAGAUGUUGAAGUUAACCAAAUACUGAUUCAUUGGGAGACCACCAUUUGGUUGAAUUGAUAGAAUAGAUAAAUUAACAAGAGAUGUGAGGUAUAUAAACAGGAGAAAUUAUAGAUUAAAAUAAGUUUAGUAAAGAAUUCCCCCCAAUGUACCAUAUAGUUCUGCCAGGGUUACAAGACAGCACUACCUCUCUCAUCAAGAAGCUACUGUUUGAGUUGGGAGUGAACUCCCAACCUCUUGAUGGCAAGCCAAGCAUCAUACCCACUGAGGCACUUGGCCCCCAGAUUUAGCUAUGUUCACCCUCUUGAAUGGAGCUCUGGAUGAAAUAGAGUAUCAGAGAUGUACAUGAACAAAUAUAUAUCAUAGUUGUAGUGGCGAUCCUACGAUCAUGGCCAGUAUUUGGAAGUAAGAUAGUAUUACUUGAAUAAUGUGUGUGGAUACAUGAUUUUGUAAUGUGGCCCAUUUCAGUGGCCAGUCUUUCUUUCUCCAAGAACAACUUUUUCCUUUUUGUUUAGGCCUGACUCCUUGCCUUGCCUCUACAAGAAAUUAUAACAAUGGCAGUACACUUGGACUAGUCCUUAUUUCAAAUUUAGUGUGGGCAGCUACUUCCCUCUUGCCCUCCUAGUUACAGGCCUGCUUAGGCAUGAUUAUUUAUAAUUUAUUUAUUUAAUUUUAUCAGUAGCUGAUGUAUGAAAGCACCCUGACUAAAUUACAGCAAAAGUACACACUGUAUUGUCUGAAUUCAUGAUAAUUUGAAGUGUGAAAGGUUUGAAAUAUUGUGUACUAUGCUUGAGCUGCUAUACAUAUAUUUUUUUUUUUCAUGUCUUGAAGGACCAGAAAAUGAUGACCAAAAAUUGGAUGCCUCUGGAACACAAACAUAAUUUAAGUAAAUAAGGAAUGGAGUAUUUAUUUGUUAUGAAAUGGUUUGUUUGUUUCUCAGUGGAAACAUCAUUGAUUUACUCUAUUACUGAGGUUGCUAAGCAAGUUUUAAUAUGUUAGGAACAAAUAAGACAAAGAUUUUAUUGAUAAUCUUAAAUACUGUUCUAGGGAACAAAACCUUGCAGGUUACACUUAAGAACUUUCUAGUCUCUUUCUCGGAAACAAAAGGAGAUAUUCAUACAUUAUCCUGAUAACAAGAGAGUUUAUAUUAUAUAUUACUAAUAUAGAUAACAGUAUACUGACAUGAUUAAAUUUACAAAAAAAUGUACUUCAAUACUCAUAAAUAAUAUGCCAAACAUGUGGCGCAUGGCAACACAAUAUGAGAAGGGUUUCAUGACUGACAAGAUAGUUAUAAGGAAAUCAGCAGCAGUGCAAUUUAUCAGCAAUGAUAAUUUAUCUAGAGAAGCACAGCAGACUGAAGUUAGAUGGAAGAUGUGUGUAGGCAAAGAAAUUAUAUGCUAAGAGUAUGAAAAAUGAAGUAUCUUUGGUACCCUGGGAACAAUAUGUGACUGGGGAGCAAAAACAGGUAACUGAAUCUGUUGUCCACUCCGUCAAGAAGGAACUUGGCCAUUAGGAGACAAGUUAGCAGACACCAGCCAUUAGGAAGCAGUGCCAUUCAAAGCCACACCUGAAUUUGACACUAGGAGGCAACUCCUUACAAAGAACUUCCAUGGAAUACAGAGCAUGAGAUGUAUGUAGAUAAAGUAUGCAGAAUAUAUCAAUACCUCCUCAUGAUUUGAUCUCAGGAUUAAGCUUGGCAAUUAUUUUGUAAUGAAACCAGUGAUGGGUACAUAGUGAAGUAGUCAACUGAUUGUUACUUUCCUGCCAAAUUUCCUGGGUAACCUAUGCAAUCCUGGUAACAAGAUUAACUUUCUUACUUCUCUUUACUGCAGGAGUUCCCAACCUGCAGUGCCUACACCCCCAUGUAGGGUGAGAUGAUAUGCUUUGUACUACUUUCAAACAUGAUGCUGUUCAACCAUUCAAAAGGCAGUUUUGUGGAGGGGGCUGUCUUAAAAAGAAAAAAGUAUGUUGAGUUUAGAUGUAAAUAUAUUACAUCAUUGGAAAAAAAUGAAUGAAAAAUUUUAUCAAAUUUUUUAAGUAUGUUAUGAGGAAAGUCAUGAUGAAACUUGAAUAUAAUGAAUUGCUUGUUGAGUAAAAUAAUAAAGAAGACUUGCUAAAAUAAAAUAAAAAAGUUCAGUUGAUUAUGUAAGAUGUCAUGUUUCAAAACUGUGUUGGUAACCGUAAAUAUUUUACUUGAAACUGCCAUUUGAGAUCAACAAAUAUCUUUUUUUAUACAUCCCCUCCAGUGUAAAGUCUAAAUGUUUAUGAUGUGCCUGGGCUGUGGUCUAUGAAAUAUCAAUGUUGGUAAUAGGAAUGUGAGUAGUUAAAAAUAAUCUAUAUAUAAAGAAUAAUAACGACAAUGUGUAUACAUGGUAAUUAGCCUGAUUAAUGUACAGAGAAUAGUAAUUCUAAAGGUUGGAAUACAGAGUAUUAGUAUUACUUAAAUUAUUUGGGAAAAAAUGUGAAUGUAUAGUAAUUUGGGGAAUUAAAAUACAAAAGGUAAAAAAAA